CCUUUUAUCAACUUGUUUAUUUAAUUACAAUUUUUUUUUUUUAAAUAAACAAAAAGAAACUAUCAGAUUCUCGUUAUUCUUCUUUCCUAUUCGGUCAUGGAGGUUUCUCUAUCUCUGUCUUCGGCAAAACCCAAAGUUUACUUACGCCCUUUCUCAACAGAGUCAAGAGCAAAGCUCUCUCAAUGGGAUCUAUGUUCACUUUCCCAAUCUCUAGCCAUAAGAACGGGACAGCCUUUAUUUGGCCAUCAUCACACUCUCUCACUGUCCCGGAAGAAUAACUAUGUGAAGGUUAUUUGUUGUCAAAAGGAGGAAAAUUUAUUAGUGGACAGCAGGUCCAUUGAAGAGAUUUAUGAUGCCUUAGCAUUACGUCUUGUUCCAACAGCGGCAGUAACAGCUGACCCCAAUUUCAAAUAUAUUGUUGGUCUGGCUGGUCCCCCUGGUGCUGGAAAGACUACUCUGGCAUCUGAAGUGGUGCAACGGGUAAACAAGUUAUGGCCACAGAAAGCUCCUUCGCUGGAUUCUCAAGUUAACCCUCCAGAUGUUGCUGCUGUUCUUCCCAUGGACGGGUUCCAUCUCUAUCGCUCCCAGCUGGAUGCAAUGGAGAAUCCAAAGGAAGCCCAUGCUAGAAGGGGAGCUCCGUGGACAUUUAACCCUGAGCUACUGCUUACAUGUCUCAAGACUCUGAGAACUCAGGGAUCAGUUUCUGUACCAUCAUUUGACCAUGGCGUUGGAGAUCCAGUGGAAGAUGAUAUCUUUGUGACCCUUCAGCACAAAGUGGUCAUAGUAGAAGGAAAUUAUAUAUUUUUGGAAGAUGGUACUUGGAAGGAAAUAUCAUCUAUCUUUGAUGAGAAGUGGUUCAUUGACAUCGACAUCGACAAAGCUAUGCAAAGAGUAUUAAAGAGACAUAUUUCAACAGGAAAACCUCCAGAUGUUGCUAAAUGGAGGAUAGAAUACAACGACCGGCCCAAUGCAGAGCUUAUAAUCAAGUCGAAGGGGAAUGCAGAUUUGAUAAUCCAGUCAGUUGAUUUCCAAAAGUGAAAUUUGCUGGUGUUGUAUACCAGCCAAUAAAGGAUGGUCAGCUACAGCUGAAGGAACACCAUACCAUAAACUGUGCAUUCAUUCAAUUGCCAAUUAUAUUAUUUUACUUUAUGGGGACUAAACCAGUCAUUGUUUGGGAAGGAUGGGCUUAAACUUUAAAUGAUGCAACUUUUCUUAUCUGGGUUGUGUUAAAGUACAUGUGAAUUUUUUGUUUUCCCCGUUUUUUAUGACGAACUUUUCGAUAGAAAAAAUAAAAAAAGUGCACCAUUACAAGAUCA